UGGCAGUUGCCAUGCAUGUCAAAUCAAAACAAAAACCAAAGCACUGAAAGCAGAGAUCUUACAAAAUCAACAUGCGAAAUACGACAAAUAACGAAAAUCUCAGCACAAAUACACCCACCAGCAAAAGUGGGAUAAAAACGCUUCCUGAUAAAUAUUAUUACCUGGAUGUCCAAGUAGAAUUCGAAGAGACCACGGGGAAAAAACAACCUGUCUUUACAAAAGAAUUAAUUAAACUAUCUGUCUCAAAUGCAAUUAAAAAAUUGUAUGGAGAGCUUGGAAGUGCAGCAACAAUUGAUGUUAUUUUUCUAGACCAGGCUACUAAAAGAAUUAUUCUCAGGUGUCCAAGUUGUUUUUAUGUAAAACUUCAUAGUUCCCUCACUUUAGCUACUCACUAUGAAGGCCAUGAUUGCUAUUUUCAAGUCCACAAAGCCUCAAGCACACUUAUCAGUUUAGAUUGUCACAGUCGAACCUACAGUUUUUCAAAGGAAGAUCAACAAUUGUGAAAAAUACAUGAUCAUGUUUUUUUUUGUAAAUUUACAAAAAGUAUGAUAAUUGACUAAUGUUGUCCCAUCAAUAUUAUGUGUAAGGUUUUCAAUUUACAAAAUAGAAAUACCUUAGGCAUUUGAAAUGCUCAACAUUUCAACAAAUAAUGGUUAAAUUAAUGACACAUAAAAAAAUGAUCUUUUAAGUUUUUGUUUAAUUGGAACCAGGUAUUUUUUUUUUUACAGAUGAAAAUGCAAAAGGACUUUCGUAAUCAGCACAGUCGUGGUAACAACAAACAGCUAACAGAUAAAAUAUUAAUUCAUUAAUUUAAUCAAUGCCCAUCAAAAUAAGUUACAUAAUGAAAAGAUGAAAGAUCAACAGAUUUUUUUUAUUUGUUUUCUUCCAUGCAUUUUAAACAAAAAUCAGAAUCCAAUGGACAGAGAGAAUGCAUAUACGUUAACUAACGAAGGUGUUAUUAUUGCGUCCGGCGCAACAGGUUAGCGAUUU